CGUCGAGAUCAUAAAAAAGUCAAAAUUGGAUAGAUAGAUGAGAGACACUUGUUUGAGAAUCCAGAUUACAUCAGUUGUACGAUAAUCUUCUGGUAUUGAUUGCGUAAUAUCGAAGCUCCUUUCGACUUCCGACCACCGCCUUCCGGUUCUUUAGGGUCCACUCCCGUCCGCGGACUUUCACGCCACCGUCAUCUCAAAGAAAGAAAAGAAUAAAAUAGAACAGAGUUGCAGAAAAUUCGCCGUCGAAAGUUCAGACCAGAGUGAGAGAGAGAGAGUGUGUGAUUUUGUAAUUCAAUAGAUAUGGAAGAUGAGAACGGCGGCGGUAGUAGCAGUAACUUGGAUACAGGAAAGGCGGAUAGGUCGGUGUGGCUGAUGAAGUGCCCGUUGUUAGUUGCUAAGUCAUGGCAGGCUCAUCCUCCAUCUGAUCCUCUUCCUCUCGCGAAGGUCAUUCUUUCUCUCGAUCCUCUUCAAUCCGACGAGUCCUCUUCUCUCCAGUUCAAGAUGGAGAUGGCUGGAACUGAGACUGGAAACGUGCCGAAAAGUUUCUCCUUAAAUAUGUUUAAAGACUUUGUUCCUAUGUGUGUAUUUUCAGAGGCAAGUCAAGGCAAGAUGUCUAUGGAAGGGAAAGUGGAACAUAAAUUUGAUAUGAAGCCUCAUAGUGAAAAUCUUGAAAUGUAUGGCAAAUUGUGCCGUGAAAGGACAAACAAGUCCAUGGUUAAGAAUAGACAAAUUCAAGUGAUAGACAAUGACCGUGGAGUGCAUAUGAGGCCUAUGCCUGGCAUGGUUGGUUUAAUCAGUUCAACUUCGAAGGAAAAGAAGAAGGUGGCGCCAGUUAAACAAUCAGACGUGAAGAGAACCAGAAGAGAUCGUGGGGAACUAGAAGAUAUCAUGUUCAAGCUAUUUGAAAGACAGCCGAAUUGGGCCCUAAAGCAGCUAGUCCAAGAGACUGAUCAACCUGCACAAUUUUUGAAAGAGAUACUGAAUGAGCUUUGUGUCUACAACAAAAGAGGGACUAAUCAAGGAACGUACGAGCUUAAGCCCGAAUACAAGAAAUCUGUUGAAGAUACCGGCGGAGAAUAGGUUAGUUUUUUACUGUACCAUUAUAUAGAUUCCUUUCUCUUGGGGUAAGUGAAAACGAUCAGAAGUAAAGUUGCUAAUUAAGAGGGGGAAAAUUAUUUUGCUUUUACUAUGUUUUCAUGGGAAUGGAGAGAUGGGAGGAUGAAAAUUGAAACAAGUUGGUUUAAAAUAAUUGCUAGGUAGCUUUAUACUAAAGUGAAACCAAAGGAGAAGUGAAAGUUGGGGGGAGUUUUUAUGGCAUGUUCAUCCAAAAUUACGUACAAGGCCGUAGGAAGUUGCAAAAUGAAUCUGUAUAAUGAAUUUUAUGAGCAUGCGAAGAUGAUGGAAAACGGAUUUCACAAACUUGAUUGUUCA